GCAAUUAAGCGCAAUUUGUGCAGAAAAAUCGUACAAUUUUAUGUUUAUAUUUGUUAAUAAUAAAUAUUUUGUGUGUGUUUUAUAAUAAUCAUGAUAUCAGUGUUACAAAUAGGCACCAAAAAUGACAAAAGUUCCACAAAAGACAAAACGUUGGAUGGGCAAAUAAUACGGCUGGGCGAAAGUCAUUACAUAUUACAGCUGCAGUCUCUAAUAGAGAAGACUUCGUCCAAGGAGUUGUCCGCUCUGCUCACCUCAAAAUUGGGUCGCAAUGAUUGCAGCACAUUUUGGAGUUAUCUUCUGUUGGGCUUCAAACCCUCCAAUUACGACUCCAAAGAAAAACGUUUUGCCUGCGUUAAAAGUUUUCUGGAUGGUAUUUUAAAAGUCGAAUUGAGCUAUAAACAAACUUACGAUUUGAUAACUCGUCUGUGUCAAGAUCUAAAUACAUUUCCCAGUGAUCAGUUGGUAGAGAUCUUAGAACAUUGUAUUGAUGGCUUGCGUACGGGUGAUCCGAAAUGUGUGGGCUGGAAAGAUUUACUGCCGGAGACACUAAAUGUACUGGCAUCAAUGCAGCAUUUAAGUGUGAAUGGCAUUUCGAUGAGUGGUAAAGAGUACCGUGAUAUGACGGUCAAAAAUCUAUGCUCAAUGAAAUGGCCAAAUGAGGUUAUGACACCGAUUGCUGAUAUGUUUAAAGAGCUACAUUUAUCAGCUCCGGAAACGGUUACAGUUCUAAAUAAAUUUACCGAAUGCUUGCAAUCCCUAGCACCAGAUUCUUUGCCCGCACUGGCAUAUCAAUUAUUCUCAAUGUGUUCUACGGCACCACAAAUUAUUAUACCCAUAUUGGCCUUGGAGAAAUAUUUUCAUCGUUAUUACUAUAAAAAACUAUUCUCCGAUAUGAAUAGUAAUUCAACAGAUUUUGAUAGUAUUGAUGCCUUUUCCGAUAAAGAACUAAGAGAAGCUGAAGAAACAAUUUUACAUCAUUUAAAUUAUUGCACACAAUAUAAAAUUAAUGAAAUACAAAUGUGUAUUGUUUUAAGAAAUUUCUUGGCCACGCCUGAUGUCAUUUUAACUCCUUUCGUCUUAAGUGCUGUUUUGUCCAUGACUACGGCAAAUCGUGAACCCGAUUCUCGUUUGUCUUCAUCUGUCCUUUUGCCCUUUAUACGUAGUGUCAUUCGUAAUAAUGAAGAAGAAAGUACUUUGUCGGAUUAUUCUGUUUGGUGUCGUGAUAGUUUGCAACGUAAACAAGUUGAUUUGGAACAAUUAUUUACUGUGUUAAUUGAUCAAAAUAAGGAUGGCAAGGAUAUUGUCACACCGGGUUUAGUUAAUUUGGUUUUUGUUUUAUUAAAAACCAAAAAUAGCCCAAAACUAAAUCAAUUGGCCAUGGGAUUUCUGACGAAAUUUAUACGAAAACGUUUUGUUUUCGGCCAGGGCAUAGUGAAACGUGUGGCUGAAUGGAUGAUUGUAGAACAAGAUCAAAAUCAAUAUUCUGAAUGUUUAACUUUGUUAAGUGUGGCUGAUACUUUUACAGUGUCUGAAUGUGUUAAGACUAUAAAUUAUGUAAUGGAUUAUUUUGUUUGGAUUCCUGGUGACCAAGCAAUGCGUAUGAUGUCUUUUAUUUUGCCCAUUUUAAAAAUAUCACCUAUUAUCAGGGAUGCUUUUAUAGAAAUCUUAAGAAAAGCCAUGAGUCAUAGUGAAAUGAAAACCCGUCGUAUGGCAGUUUAUGGCUUUUGUAUGAUUUUAAAACAACUAAACAACAGUAACUCUCAGCGUUCCCAACUAAGUGCCUCUGGUAUGUGCACUCAACAUAGUAUAUCUGGCUUUUCCCUAAUGUCGCAGGCGACUUUGGGUAAUCGCAAUAAUCCUCAAAGACAUUUUGACAUGUUGACAUUGGAAAUCAUAGGAGUUCUAAGGAAUUGUUUCUAUCAGUCUUUGGAUAUAAAAAUUACUUUAUAUGAGAAUCUUCAACGUGCCGUUGAAUUAAAUCCCAAAUUGGUACCGCAUAUCUUACAAUUCAUUGAUUGGCAUUUUCGUUCAUUUUUCGAGGCUCCCUUGGAAGAAGAUGUUGAUCAUGUGUUUUGUAUUAAAUUUGAAAAAAUUGUCAAAGCCAAAGAUGCUUUGGAGAAUGAAAUUGAAAUUCAUGAUAAUUUGGGCAAACUUUUGUUAUUCGUAAGUCAUUGUUUGGUUAUUUUUGAAAAAUUCGAAACUGAAUAUGAUACCAGAGAAAUUAAACGUUUGAUAAAUGUUUCGCUGGAGAAAGUAAUUGGAAAGAAUAUUAAAUUUGAAGAUAUGACUGGUUCCCUAACCCACCUCAAAAAUGAAUUAAUAUUACAACAACUUAAUUUCAUUGAGGGUCUGAUGUCGUACUGCAUUGUAAACUCAAAACAAACCAAUGAAAAUGUAAAACAUUUGCUGCCUCUUUUCAAGGAACAUGAACAUCUCUGUGAAGGUCUAAAGUCUUUAUCAAGUAAAAAAACACAAAAGAAAGCUAAAGCCAACAAUGAUAAUGAAAAUACUACCAUCAAUAUAACAGUCAAUGGAGUACCAGUGAAAAAAAUACACUCACAACCGGAAAAUAUAUGGGAUUUGUUUGUUAUCGAAAGAUUAUUGCGUUUGCUACAUGAAGACAUAGUGCCAUUUGCCUCACGCAAUACAACUUCUAAUUUGCGCUCGAAAGUAUCUUUGGUACGUUAUGUGCUAGAAGUGGCGGCCGCUAAGGUAGAACAAAUACGCUUGGAACCGGCUUAUAAACAAUUGGCUCACAGCAAACGUACUUUAAAAUAUCUAACCGACAUUUGCAAAGUUGUAUACGAACGUUGUAUCAAGCGUUUAUCUACUUUGUGGCGGGAUUUUGAUUUAAAAACUGCCUCCUUGGCGGCAGAAUGCUAUCGACAGUGUUUACAAACAGCUAAUGAAACUUAUAAAUCGAAAUUUUCCACCGUAUUUAAUAAGGGUUUUGAUUUUCAUAUGAUUGAUAAGAGUAAAGAAUGUAUUCUAGUCUUACAAGAUCUCAUAGAUGAGUUUAUGCAAGAAGAAAUUUCCGAAGAGACAGGGGCCAACGAUUCCAUGUUAAAUGAUAGUGCCGGCCGUAAGAUACCCCUGAAUUUGUUGCAGAGUUUGGAGAUUUUGUAUGAUAAUAUAACCUUUGGCAAUCGCAUGACUACCGAAUCUUAUACUUGGUUGUUAAAAUUUUGCAAAACUUAUGAACUUAAUGCUAAGGAAUUGGGUUUAGUGCAUAAGUUGUUGUUCAAACAAAGACAGAAGACACAUUCGGGAGAAUUUUUCCAGCUGAUACCUUUGCAUUUGGCCCAGGUGUGGUCUUUUGUGAGAGAUAAUGCAGCAGAUGAAGAGGAUACCAACACCCAGUUGAAUGUUACUUUAAAAUCUAUAACCGAAUCUACUGCUGAGACAUGUCUUCAUUAUCUUUACGAAUCCUUGCGUAAACAAAUCGAAGAUGUUGAAUAUUUUAUAGUAAAAGCUAACAACUUAAGUUACAAAUGUCGUAUUGUAGCUGAAGAUGAUCGUGAUUAUUGUUUAGGCUGUCUAAAGUCUAUGGAACGAGCGAUCUGCUCGCAACUGGUGCAUAUUUCCAAUACCUUGAAACAUCUAACAAAUGUCUGCCUGCCGUUGGGCUCCAGCAUGGAUGGUUUAAUGAAAUUAUUGAUGCAACAUUUUAUAUGUUUGAAAAAUUUGGCCAGACAUUUUCUUACUAGUUGCGCGGGCGGUGUGAAAGUGUCCAUACAAGGAACUAAAUUCGAUUUAUUGCUGAGAGUGGUAGGCAAACCUUUACCUUCCAAUAUUUAUGCUUUGAUUACUUACAUCGAAAGUAAUAUUUUGGAGGAAACCUCCAAAAAGAAAUUCAACGCCCAAGCCGAAAAGGCCAAAGUUUUGAGAGAAACCAAAUUUAUACCCAAAAUUAUAAUGUGCAUAGAAAACUUUAACAAACAUGUUAUACUCUUGGCCAAAAAGACCAAUGAUCGUUUGACAAAUUUUCUGCACUUUGGUACGGUCAGAGAUUUUCGCAUUAAGACCUCCGAUCUAAAGGCAGCCAUAGAUCGUACUCUCUCACAUAGCAGUCAAAUAGAGGCCGAAGAUGCCGAAGACCCAACACAAGAUAGUGAGGAUGGCGAAAAUGAAGAAGAAACUUUGCUGAGACAAAUCGAAGAGGAAUCAAGAGAAAUACAAUCCACCUCUAAAGUCUAUGACAAUGAUACAGAGGGAGAUGAAACCACUAAAUCCAAUGAAACCGAUAGUGAAAGCACCACUACUACUGCCAGCCGUAGUUCUACACCUUGUGCUACUACCUCGAAAAUGGCUCAAAAGAAAACCCAGGAAAAGGCCAAAAAGACUAAAGAGAAAGAACCUACUAAAAGAAAACCAGCAGAUGGCAAGCAAAAAGACAAAGAAGUAAAAAAACCUGACGAAAAAUCCAAGAAGAGGAAAAAGGAUAAAGAAAAUCCAAAAAAGAAAUCCUCUAAAGUAACCACUACCAUUGAAAUCGAUUCGGAUAAUGAGAACGAUGUAACAAUUAUUACACACGAUGAUGCUGAGACUUUAGACAACGAAAGUAAUCGUGAAUCUUGCACGCAACUAAUGGAUAAUUUGGCAAAAAUUAAUGCUAAGACCGCCAAGAAACGUGCAUUACGCGACUCGGAGCCUCAAGAUCCAGAUGUUUUGUGUGCUCCGCCCUUGGAGCCACUGCCGAAAAAACGAAAACGUACUCGCCAAACCAAGGGAGGAAUGUAAAUAUUUUGAAUUUAUGUUUUUUUUAAAAUCGUUUUUAA